AUGGGUUCCGACGUGAAAAUGGAAGAGUUGCAGAAUCUUCUCGCAGAUGAACAGAGAGCUCAGGAGUUGCAAGAGGACAAAAAGAGUAUGUAUUUGGAAAUUUCUGAAAAGCUCAAAUCAUUGGAAAAUGUGAAUGGAUUCUUACUCAUUGGUCAAUUAAUUUAUCGAGUAGGAAUAUUCUUUACAAUUCUUAGUUCUCCAGAUAGUGCAACUCUACGCUUUUGCAUUUAUUUAGAACUUCUUGUUGGAUUACUUACUAUAGCCUACUUUUUGGGAAAUAUUGUCUGGCUAAAAACGGACAUUUAUAAAAGUUUUGUUUCUAAUUAA